GAUGGCGUCGAUGAGGGAUAGCGACACCGGCCUGUGGCUCCAUAACAAACUAGGAUCAACAGACGAGCUGUGGACACCUCCUAGCAUUGCCUCGUUACUUACCGUGUCGGUAAUAGACAACAUACGCCUCUGUUUUUCAAAUUUGUCACCUCCAGUGAAGUUGAAACUCUUGCUGGGGAUGCUGCAUCUCCCGCGCAGGACGGUUGAUGAGAUGAAGGAGGCGCUGUCAGAGAUAAUUCAGCUGGCCACGGUGGACUCAGAACCGUGGGUACUCAUGGUGGCUGACAUCCUCAAGUCUUUCCCCGAAACGGGCUCCCUGAACCUGGACCUGGAGGAGCAGAACCCCAACGUGCAAGACAUCCUGGGCGAACUGCGAGAGAAAGUGAGUGAGUGUGAGGCGUCGUCCAUGCUACCUCUGGAGUGUCAGUAUCUGAAUAAGAGUGCUCUCACCACGCUGGUGGGUCCCCUCACACCCCCAGUCAAACAUUUUCAACUCAAGAGAAAACCCAAGAGCGCCACCCUCAGAGCAGAACUACUACAGAAAUCCACAGAGACAGCUCAGCAGCUGAAGAAGACAGCAGGAGUGCCUUUCCACGCUAAAGGCAGAGGCCUGGUCAAGAAGAUCGACACCACAACCCCGCUGAAGGGCAUUCCCAAGGCUCCAUUCCGGAGCCCCACCAAUCCCAGUAUGUUCAGCCCGCCCAGCAACAGAACGCCCAUCGCCCCGGCACGGACCCCCCUGCGCAAGGAGAGAGGCGUCAAGUUAUUAGACAUAUCAGAGUUAGACAUGGUUGGAGCAGGAAGAGAAGCCAAAAGGAGAAGAAGGACAUUGGACACAGAGGCAGGAGAGAAAGGUGCCAAAGAGGAGGCGGUGGUGGAGAACGCCACGCCAGACUACGCCGCUGGACUGGUGUCCACACAGAAAUUGGGGCCUCUAAACAACGAGAGCACGCUGCCGUCGACCAGUUACCUGCCUGCAACGCCCAGUAUGGUGCCCGCCUCCUCAUACAUUCCCAGUUCAGAGACGCAGCCAGCGAACGCUGGAGGUUCGGGGCGGGAGGCGCUGCAGUCCAACCGCCAGCCGGAGGAGUCUGCCACGCCCGGCUCGGCCGCGCUCCCCGGGCAGUUCAAACAGCGCACGCCCAUGUAUAACGCCAGCACCGCCAGUCCCACCGCGCCCACCUCCCCCGCCACGCCCGCUAGCACACCCACCAACAACGCUCCGCCCACAGCCACCACCCCGACACAGCCGGAGACCCCCACGACCCCGACCGCCCCCGCCCAGCCCGCCCCCACGCCGGCCCCCCAGCAGGCACAGCCCAAAAAGAACCUCUCGCUCACGAGAGAACAAAUGUACGCUGCACAGGAGAUGUUCAAGACGGCAAACAAAGUUACGCGACCAGAGAAAGCCCUCAUCCUGGGUUUUAUGGCGGGAUCCCGAGAGAACCCGUGUCCAGAACAGGGUGACGUGAUUCAGAUCAAGCUGAGCGAGCACACGGAGGUCCUGCCCAAGGCUGACGGGACGGGGGCCACCACCAUGCUGGUGGACACCGUGUUCGAGAUGAAUUACUCCACGGGCCAGUGGACGCGGCUCAAGAAAUACAAACCCAUCACCAACGUCUCCUAAGGAGAGAGAGAGAGUCCACGGACUGACUUACGACACACGCGCGCGCAGACACACACACACACACACACACACACACAAGGCCUUUACCACCAUCUCCUGAGGAGAGAACCUGGGGCAUCUGAUUAAAUCGCACACACGUACAUAUGUGAAAAUACAUGCUCAAACAUGGGCCAAAUUUUGAGUUGGGGGAGGGGGGGGGGGUUUGGAAAUGACUUUAGGAGGGUUGAGGGGGACAUUCUGUUUGGUCUUACCUCAGUUUCUCUCUUGGCGGUCCCACAUGGCCAAAAAGACAGGGACCUUCUUACUGAUCAUUUCAUUUUGUUUAUUUGGUUCAACUUUUUUUUGUUUUUGUUUUUUUUGCCUCUGUCUUUGUUUUUAAAGUUCCCCCCCAAGAGGUUUCAGAAUAUCGGGCGGAAGGGGGGGGGGCAGCGGAAAGGGGGCGGGACACACAUUUCGAUGGAGACUUUCUGUACCUUUCUUUUGACUGACACUUGUCAAUAUUACUAAAGCUAUGGUACAGGUUGCCCACACUGUUGUCAAAAAAAAAGAAAGAAAGAAAAAAAACCAAUCUGUCCAUCUGCUCUGUUAUGAGAAUGUAAAAAUAUUGACGUUUGCGGCUUUUGACUGUCCAAACGAUAAAAAAAAAAGAAAGGUUAAAAAAUAAAAAGACAGGUCAGGCUGGGUUUUCGCUGAUCAGGUUCUUUUGGAACAUUCUGGA